AUGUUUGAGGAAACAGAAGACAUCUCGUCUUCAUAUCAGCAGCCUCCGCAGCCCGCAGGUUCUGCUGCGGCUUUGAGGCUGCCUGAAUUUUGGCAGGAGGACCCCGGCUCGUGGUUUGAGCACAUCGAGGCGUUUUUCCGGCUACGGGGAAUCACGGAAGAUGAUUCCCGGUAUCAUCUGGUCGUCGUCGCUUUGGGCCAACAGUCCACCCGGCGGGCCCUACAGCUGCUCCGUGCGUCCCCGCGACGGGACAAGUACGCUGCGCUGAAGCAGCUGCUGCUCCGGAGGUUCAGCCUCUCCGCCUCGGAGAGAGCGGACAGACUCCUCUCCCUGCCGGGCUUGGGUGACGGGUCGGCGGUGGAGCUGAUGGACCAGAUGUUUCUACUGCUGGGCCAGGACGAUGGCAGAUUUCUUUUUCCACAUCUUUUCCUGCGCCAACUGCCGCCGCCCGUCCGCGCCGCGCUGGCGAACUCCAGCUGCCUUGUAACGGCCGACUACCGCGGCUUGGCUGAGGAAGCGGACCGAGUCCUGAUCGCUACCCGGAGUCUGGCCGUUCACCACGUCGCACCAACCGCCCAGCGAUCGACGUCGGGGGACGCGGACCCAGCGGUGGUGGCUGCAGUGAAGACCCAGAGACGACGCGGGACAGAUCUGUGUUUUUUCCACCAACGGUUCGGCGCCAAGGCGAGACGCUGCGUCCCUCCGUGUCAGUUCGAGCCGGGAAACCGGCGCUCAGUAGCAGCGAUCGGCGGUCAGGAGCUGCUGUUUAUUGCAGACUCUGCAUCAGGGAAACGUUUCCUGGUGGACUCCGGGUCCCAGCUGAGCCUCCUGCCGCCAACCGCCACGGACCAGUCGACCGGAGGUAACGGACCGCCGUUAAGCGCCGCCAACGGCUCCUCCAUCACCACUUUCGGGACCCGGUCAGUGACUGUUUGUUUCAACGGACGCCGGUUCGAGAGUGACUUUGUCAUCGCCAGUGUUGCUGUUCCUAUUAUCGGUGCUGAUUUUCUGUGUGCUAACGGUUUGCUGGUGGACGUUGCAAACCGCAGAUUGAUCGAUGCAGUGACUUUUAUGACUUUCCCGUGUGAGACUGAGGGAUCUGGACCGCUAGCACAUGCUAGUUUUUCAGCAGCAGGUAACGUGUUCCAACGUCUGCUGGCGGAAUUCCCGCGGCUGAUCAAACCUGUUUUUUCCACCGCGACAACCAGGCACGGCGUCGAGCAUUACAUCACCACCACGGGGCCCCCGGUGUUUGCGCGUGCUCGUCGGUUAGACACACAGAAAUUAGCCAUUGCUAAAGAGGAGUUUGCCUCUAUGGAGCGUUUAGGCAUAGUUAGACGCUCCAAGAGCCCCUGGGCCUCACCGCUUCACAUGGUGCCCAAGGCAGACGGUUCGUGGCGCCCGUGUGGGGAUUUUCGCCGUCUUAACAACGUCACAGUGCACGACCGUUAUCCAGUCCCACACAUUCAGGAUUUUUCCGCGCAUUUAGCAGGGACAACCAUCUUUUCAAAGGUGGAUUUAGUACGCGGUUACCACCAGGUUCCCAUGAGAGCAGAGGAUGUGCCCAAGACCGCUGUAAUUACCCCGUUUGGCCUUUUUGAAUUUCUGCACAUGCCCUUUGGCCUGAAGGCGGCAGCGCAGACCUUUCAGAGGUUGAUGGACUCUGUGUUGCGAUACCUCAAGUUCGUGUUCAUUUACCUCGAUGACAUUUUGGUGGCCAGUUCCUCAACAGAAGAACAUUUGGCACACCUCAAACUAGUCUUUCAGAGGUUAGAUGAACACAGCCUUAUUGUCAACCCGGCUAAGUGCCAGUUCGGCCUGCCGGUUAUUGAUUUUUUAGGGCACCGGAUUUCAGCUCAGGUGACAGAGCCGUGGUCCGCUCGCCAGCAGCGCCAUCUAGCGUCCAUCUCAGAGUUUACCACGGACAUUCGGCAUGUCGCGGGUAAAACAAACCUGGUGGCCGAUUGCCUGUCACACGCGCUUGUGUGCCCUGUAAACCUGGGAGUUGAUUUUUCUGCUAUGGCUGCUGACCAGGCCGAUGACCAGGACAUCGCGACUCUUAAGUCUGCCGGUACCGGUCUCAGACUAGAGAACUUGGCGGUGGAGGUCGGAGGUCCAGCUCUUCUCUGCGACAUCUCCACUGGUCGGCCCCGUCCGGUGGUCCCAGUUUCCUGGCGCCGGCGGGUUUUCGAUUCCGUACACUCCCUCUCACACCCUGGCAUCCGGGCGUCAGUGAAACUGGUUGGGGCCAAGUUCGUCUGGCCCGGCCUCCGCAGGGAGGUUAAAGAGUGGGCAGCUGCAUGUGUAGCAUGCCAGCGGGCUAAAGUUCACCAGCACACAAAGGCGCCCCUGGAACCGUUCCCCAUUCCAGCCAGGCGGUUUGACCAUGUCCACAUCGACCUGGUGGGCCCUCUUCCUCCAUCGCAGGGUUACACGCACCUCCUCACCAUGGUGGACCGUACCACCAGGUGGCCCGAGGCAGUGCCCCUUUCCUCUACAGGGUCAAAAGAUGUGGCGCGUGCUUUCCUGGGUGCCUGGGUCUCACGUUUUGGUGUCCCGUCUGACAUCACGUCUGACAGAGGCCCCCAGUUUAUUUCAGAACUUUGGUCGUCGUUGGCAGAAGCUUUGGGAGUGCAGGUACACCGUACUACUGCAUACCACCCACAAGCUAAUGGCCUUUGUGAACGUUUUCACAGGUCCCUCAAAGCAGCACUGCGUGCUGCGCUCUCGGAUGGUAACUGGGUGGACCGUUUAUCGUGGGUCAUGCUCGGUUUGCGCACGGCCCCGAAGGAAGAUUUAAAUGCGUCGCCCGCAGAGCUCGUGUUCGGUCAGCCACUUCGUGUGCCUGGAGAAUUUUUGCCUGAAAGCUCGGCUCCGCAAAUUCACCCAGCAAGCGGCCCCUUCGCAUCAAAUAGUUUUUUGACCCCGGGGCCUAUUCACCACUGUUUUCCGCGAACAUUCAUUCCAUCGGAGCUCAAGUCGGCUCAGUUUUUCUUCGUGCGGCAUGAUGCUCAUCGUUCUCCUCUACGGCCUCCAUACGACGGCCCCUUUAGAGUCCUCGAGAGAGAGGCCAAGGUUUUUUUGCUAGACCUAGGUGGCUGCAAAGAGCACGUGGCACUAGAUAGGCUUAAACCCGCACACACUGUAGCGGAUGAAGCUGUGGUCCCGGCCCAGGUCCCCCGUCGUGGACGCCCUCCACUGAGACCUCCUGUCGAUGCUGCAAAGGAUGGACGUUCUAAUUUACCACCGAAAACUGUUGUUUUUUCUCCGCAACAUCCUGCUCACACUGAUGCUCCUGUGGUGGUAGAGGAAGGACGGCGCAGCCGUUAUGGUCGGCUGAUUAAGCCACCAGUGAGGGACUGA